GGACGCGGCCGGGGCCGAAGCGGGGCCCGCGGGGGGCGCCGCCGCCGCCCCUUCCCCAACGGGCGAGGAUGGCGAGACCCGGCAGCGCUACGAGGAACUCUGCAGGAGCCUCAACAUGGACGAGCGCGCCCGCGCCGAGGCCUGGCUGAGCUACCAGAGCAUGAGGCGCAACUACACCCUGGAGGGAAAUGACAUGCAUUGGCUGGCUUGUGCCUUGUACGUGGCUUGCAGGAAAGCAAUUCCAACUGUGAGCAGAGGAACAGCGGAAGGAAAUUAUGUAUCCUUAACCAGAAUCUUGCGCUGUUCUGACCAAAGCCUGAUCGAGUUUUUUAACAAGAUGAAGAAGUGGGAAGACAUGGCAAAUCUACCGUCCCAGUUCAGAGAGCGAACGGAGAGAUUAGAGAGGAACUUUACAGUGUCUGCAGUCAUUUUUAAAAAGUAUGAGCCCAUUUUUCAGGACAUUUUUAGGUAUCCUCAAGAAGAUCARCCUCGUCAGCAGAGGGGAAGAAAACAGAGACGACAACCAUGUACUGUGACUGAAGUUUUCCAGUUUUGUUGGGUGCUGUUUGUUCAUGCAAAAGGAAAUUUUCCUAUGAUCAGUGAUGACUUGGUCAAUUCCUACCAUCUCCUGUUAUGUGCUUUGGAUCUAGUGUAUGGAAAUGCUCUGCAGUGUCCUAACCGUAAAGAACUCCUGAAUCCUAAUUUCAAGGGUCUACCUGAAGACUUCCAUAGUAAGGAUUAUAAAGUAUCAUCWGAUCCUCCCUGCAUCAUUGAAAAACUGUGUUCUUUGCAUUAUGGAUUAGUUUUAGAAGCAAAAGGUAUAAAGGAACAUUUUUGGAAGCCCUAUAUUCGGAAGCUCUUUGACAAAAAGCUUUUAAAAGGAAAAGAGGAGAAUCUGACUGGAUUUCUAGAUCCUGGGAACUUUGGAGAUAGUGUCAAAGCCAUCAACAAGGCCUAUGAGGAGUAUGUUCUGUCAGUGGGAAAUCUGGAUGAGCGAAUAUUCCUUGGUGAGGAUGCAGAUGAAGAAAUUGGAACUCUCACGAGGUGCUUAAACACACCUUCAGGAAUGGAAACAGCUGAAAGGGUGCAAGUGAAGCAUAAUUUGCAGCAGCAUUUUGACAGGUCCAAAUCACUUAGGAUCACAACCCCCCUCACUGGCCGCAAGUACAUUAAAGAGAGCAACCCAUAUGUGACACCUGUUUCCAUGGCAACCUACAGCCUGAGCCGCCUGCAUACSAUGCUGGCUGGGCUGAAAAAUGCCCCCAGUGAAAACCUGGAGCAAAUACUCAGGUCAUGUUCCAGAGAUCCUUCUCAAUCCAUUGCAAACAGAGUAAAAGAAAUGCAUGAAGUGUACUGUCAGAGCACACAGUCUGAAGGAGAAUUCAGUAAUUUUUCCAAAGAUGUUGCUAGUAAACAUUUUCGUCGUGCUGAGACGCUGUAUUACAAGGUCUUGGAGUCAGUCAUUGAGCAAGAGAGGAAGAGACUGGGAGACACUGACUUAUCUGCAAUACUGGAGCAAGAUGUGUUUCACAGGUCUCUGCUGGCAUGUUGCCUGGAGAUCAUUACCUUYACAUACAACCCACCUGGAAACUUCCCGUUCAUCACCGAAAUAUUUGACAUUCCAGUGUAUCACUUUUACAAGGUAAUUGAGGUUUUCAUUAGRGCAGAGGAUGGCCUUUGUCGGGAAGUAGUAAAACACCUGAACCACAUUGAAGAACAGAUCCUGGAAAGUAUGGCAUGGAAACGGGAAUCCAUACUGUGGGACAGGAUCAGAGAGAAUGAAAACAAAGUUCCUACUUGUGAAGAGGUAAUGCCACCUCAGUACUUUGAGAGAUCUGCUGGGAACAGUGUUGUGAGUUCACCAUUGACACCACGGCGAAUAAAUGAGGUUCGUGCUGAAAGUGGAGGACUGGGAAAAGGCCUCUCCUCCCCUCCAGCCACCCUGUAYGACAGGUACAGCUCUCCCACAGCCAACCCCACGAGGCGGCGCCUGUUUGCUGACAAUGACAGUGCCCCUGAKGGUGGCACCCCGGUGAGGGUGCCCCCGCAGCCCGUGGUGAACACKGUGCCAGUGCAGAACGUGAGCCCUGAAGCCGUGUCCGUCACUCCAGUGCCCGGCCAGACCCUGGUGACCGUGGCCACGGCCACCGUGACAGCCAACAAUGGGCAAACGGUGACCAUACCCGUGCAAGGUAUUGCCAAUGAAAAUGGAGGAAUAACUUUCUUCCCAGUCCAAGUAAAUGUAGGUACCCAGCCCCAAGCUGUGUCUGGGCCCAUGCAGCCUCUGAGUGCCCAGACUCUGGCUGGCACCCUGAACACGCAGAUGGCUGGGGCAGCACUGCAGCUGCCAGGCCAGUUAACKGUGCAGCAGAUCUCCCCUGGAGAGCAGAGGCAGACCCAGCACUUCACUGCCACGGCUGUCAAACCUCGCAAGACGGGCUCACUUUCACUCUUCUUCAGAAAGGUGUAUCAUUUAGCCAGUGUUCGUCUGAGGGAUCUCUGUGUCAAACUCGAUGUGUCUGAUGAGCUGCGCAAAAAGAUCUGGACAUGCUUUGAGUAUUCCUUGGUGCAUUGCCCUGAAAUCAUGAUGGACAGACACCUGGAUCAGCUGCUGAUGUGUGCCAUCUAUGUCAUGACUAAGGUUACUAACGAAGACAGAUCAUUCCAGAACAUCAUGCGCUGCUACCGGACACAGCCRCAAGCCAAGAGUCACGUUUAUCGCAGUGUCCUGAUCAAGGGUCGCCGCCGCCGCCGYCACUCGGGCAGCAGUGACAGCAGCAGCCAGCAGAACUCACCUACAGACAGGAGCAAAGACAGGAACAAAGAGAGAAGCAGCCGUGACUCCAGCCCGGUGAURCGCUCCAGCAGCACCCUGCCCGUGCCCCAGCCCUCCAGCGCACCCCCGACCCCCACCCGCCUCACCGGCCCCAACAGCGACACCGAGGAGGAGGAGCGGGGGGACCUCAUCCAGUUCUACAACAACGUCUACAUCGAGCAGAUCAAAGACUUUGCCCUCAAGUACACUUCAAAUGCAACAGACUCCCCGCCGCUCUCACCGUACCCCUUCGUGCGCCUCAGCUCCCCCCGCCGAGUGCAGCUCUCCCAGCACCACCCCGUGUACAUCUCGCCGCACAGAAACGAGUCUGCCCUCUCUCCCCAAGAGAAAAUAUUCUACUACUUCAGCAGCAGCCCCUCGAAGAGGCUAAAGGAAAUCAACAGCAUGGUUCGAACRGGAGAAACACCCACAAAGAAGAGAGGCAUCCUCCUGGAAGAUGGAACUGAAGCCCCAGCCAAGCGAAUCUGCCAGGAGAACCACACAGCUCUGUUGCGACGACUCCAGGACGUAGCGAAUGACCGAGGGUCUCACUGAGUCUGCACAGCUCUUCCCUCCCUCCUCUGCCUGGGGCU